AUGUCGUCAUCGUCGCAGUCAUCCUCAUCUCUACCUGUACAUAACUGUAUUGCUCCUUUAUUGGACUUUGAUCUUCAGGAAAAGGUUAUUCUUCCUCAUGCUACCGAGUUGAACAGUGUAAACAUUGACACUUUGAUGCAGAAGCUAAGUGAAAGUGAAACACAAAAUACUAAUCUCAGGAGAAAAAUACUGGAAAGGGAGAGAGAGGUUCAAGAACUUUCAUCCAUGCUUCGCCGUGAACAAAUCAAUGUGCAGAAAGGAGACUACGUGUCAAGUUCAGUAAAGGCAGUACAAGCUCACCUGCAGCGUCAGAUUCAAAGAAAAGAAGCAGAAAAUAAUGAAUUAAAAGUGAAAAUACAGACUCUAGAAAAGAAAAUAGCAGGGUGGAAACAUCAAGUUGGUGAAUACAAGCACCAGAUGAUUGCCUUAAAGGAAACAAGUGAACCAAAGAAGGCUGGACUGAAAAAAGCAGUCAGGUCCCAGAAACAAAGAGCUCAAUGCUCUGAAGAAGCUGUGAAAAAUUUAACCUCCAAAACAAGAGAACAUGAAGUCAAACUGUGUGAGAUAUGGUCAGCUUCCAAUGCCUGGAAGAAGCAGCAUGAUAGAAUGGUUGAAGAAAAGACAAUGUUAGAAUUUCAAACAGAAGACCUUAAGAAUCAGAUCACAAGCCUGUUGCAAGACUUGGAAAGAAAGAAGGAAAGGAGAAGAAACUCAGAAGAGGAAAUUCUUGGAAAGCUAAAUUCUCUUAACUCUGAAAAUGAAAAGAUUUACCUUGAAAAUGAAAAAUUAAAGGCUUGCAUUGCUACAUUGGAGAUAAGUAAUGCUUCUGUUGAAUAUGAGCUACUAAAUCUGCAAGAAAAGGUGAAGCUACAGGAAAAUCUUAUUGAGCAAUAUAAAAAUGAGGUAACUGGCAUGUUUGAAACCUUCAGCUUAUUACAACAAGUUUAUGGUUUUACACUUACAUUUUUCUCCUGUGAUGCUACUGUGCAGGUGAGGGACAAAACAGAGGCUGAGUUACAGGAGUCAGAACAUGUUUGUGACCUGCUGGAAACAGCUGAGGAAAAGCCACAAAGGCUUAUAUCCUGGGAAAGGAUCCAUGCAGAGAAAUGCAAAGCCCCUAGGGAGCUGCAGGUUCAGGACAAUUGUGUAACUUCUUUGGGCAGUGAUUUCUUAGAAGAAGAGAACUGUACCAUUCAGAAGAAAUAUGAAGAUCUUAAAAGGCAAUUAGAAAAGGUGGAAUUUCAGAAUGAAGAACUUGCUCAUCAGCUCAGAAAAGAAGAUGAGUGUCUUCAGUGCUGUAAAUUGCAGCUUGAAGAGAAAAUUGCAGAAUAUAAUGCAUUAACCAGACAACUCAAAUCUGCUUCGAAAGAAGGGAGAAAAAUGUUAGCUGAAGAACAGGAAAAAAUAUCAUACAAAGAACAAGACUUUCAGUCAAAACUGCUGAUUCUAGAAACUCAAGUGAGAGAGGGGCAAGAAGAGAAAAAAAACCUCCUCCGCAUAUUUCAUCGUGAUGAAAAGCACCAUGAAGUAUGUUUGAAAGAGCUGGAGAACAGCCUACAGAAGUCAGAGAACAAGAUCAAGAGCAUCCAGAACUAUGUGCAGUUUUUGAAAGCUGCAUACAUGACAAUGUUUGGCUCAAUUGUUUGA